CAUAUACGGCACCGAGCGUCCACACAGAGCCAGCAGGAUCCUCUCCGAACCCCUUUUUAUGGGCCACUGACGUUUGAUCUCUGGACGUUCUCCAACAUGUCAGUCUUGUUGAGCGAGGAGCGGAAGGCGAGCGUAGAGGAGGCCACUUCGCCUCCCAGAGAGACUUCAUUCAGAUUGGCAGUGAAAAGGCGCUGGAACUACUUUCACAAGCCACUGCUGUCUAUUUUAAUCGGGGCGCUGGUGUUUGGCACCGGCACUGCCAUGUCCCUGCUGUACUUCACUCAGGUGGGCAAUGUGCCGUACCUGGUGGGACCCCUGUUUCUGUCUAUGGGACUGAUGUUUCUGGUUACUGGGCUUGUGUGGAUCCCCAUCAUCAAGCAGAAGAUGGUGCACACCGCCAUGAGCCAAAUGGGUCACGACAGACCCCUCCUGCCCCAGCGCGGGAGCGUCGCCACCAUUUCAUAAGAAGAUUUCUCUCUGAGGGCAGGCGAGGGGUGAAGAUUGUACUUUGGAUGAUAAAAUGGAUUAUUUCAGUUCUAAAAUCUAAUUGACUGAGCCACUAUUGAAGUUGUAGUAAACUAAACAAUAACUAACGAGUGGCCAUGUAAACCGAGUGAUUCAGAGCGGUUUUUAUGUGAAAUGGUUCAGAUGUCUUUACUACACACAAAUCUAAACAUUUU